AUGGUUGUAAUAGAAACAGUUGGUUGGUUAGCGCGAAAGCCGCGUGGAACGAAUGCCGGUGCCGCCGAUAGCGCAGAAAAACCAAACCUGUUUCUCCUUGGUGUCCAUUUCGUGCGCGGGCAGAGGCGUGACACACGCGACCGCCGAUCCGACCGGGCAACUGAACCAACAAGCCCGCAGACAAGAAGACACGGUAGCGGGCACAGGUCCAAACGUCGACUGGCGGUCGCGGCUUGUGAGACUAUUAUUAUGGCGGUGGUGCGCGCGGAGGUA